CUGAGAAGAAGAGCGACAAAUGGAGCUAAUGGGAUCCACCCUGACGGCGGAGUACACCCGACCCAAAACCAGCCAAUUCUUCCCAGCCAUCUCCAACAUGGUGUCCUCCUACCGGAGCCACCAACCUGUGCUGGCCAUGAACCCCAGUGCCAACCAACCCUGGAGGACUAACGCCUACUACCGCACAGGCAGUGCUGCCGCCAUCCCCUCCCUCUCCUCCAUCCAGAGGGAGAACCUAGGCUUCGACCUGGUCCGGGCCAAGACCAUGUUCUACCCGUCAAACCGGUCAGCCAUGAUCACCCGCUACACCCCAGACGACUGGUACAAGUCCAACCAGAGCAACUACCGUGAGUCAGAGUCGUCCAGGAACAGUGCUGAGCGGAUGAGGAGGGAUACCAUCAGGUUGAUGCAGGAUAAAGAUCAGCUGACCAGGAGGACCCAGGAGACCACCAGUAAGAACAUCGGGGAACGCCUCAACGACAUCAGCUUUUGGAGGUCAGAGUUGAACCAUGAGAUAGACAACAUGGUGAGCGAGAUCAUGGCCCUCACUGAGGUGAAGAGAAGGCUGGAGAGAGCCAUGCAGGAGACCGAGGGGCCUCUGCAGGUGUCCCAAGAAUGCCUGUAUCACAGAGAGAAGCGAAUGUCCAUUGAUCUGGUUCACGACAACGUGGAGAAAGAUCUCAUAAGGGAAGUGGAGACCAUUAAGUCAUGCCAGGAGAGGAUGAGGAGACAUCUAGACAAAGCCAUCGCUCAACUAGCGUCAAACCGAGCAGCUCAACAUGAGCUGGAGAGAGACCUCAGUGACAAGGUGACAGCCCAGAGAAUAGAUAAUAGGUGUCACCAUCUCAGGAAUGCGUCAGACGGGAUCAACUACUACAGAGGGAUCGAGAGACUGGACCCAUCGCUCUCCCUGCCCGACUCGUGGUCAAAGUUCACAGAUGACAACAUCCUUCACUCCCAGAGCGAGCGGGCUGCUUCCCACAAGCUGCGUGAUGUUAUUGAGAUCCUGCUGAACGCCACGUCCAACGAGAUGUGGAAACAUUUCAACGCCGUCAACGUGGCCUUCACCAACCGCAUGUCAGAGACCGCCGACGCCAAGAACAGCCUGCAGACACACCUGGCUAAGACCCUCCAGGAAAUCUUCCAGACAGAGAUGCUGAUAGAGAGCCUGAAGAAGGCUCUGAGGGACAAGGAAUGCCCCCUGAAGGUGGCCCAGACCAGGCUGGACGAGAGGACACGCAGGCCCAACGUGGAACUCUGCAGGGACAACCCACACCACAGACUGGUGGGAGAAGUGAGGGAGAUAGAGGACACCAUCCACAAGCUGCGUGAGAGACUGAUGGAGGCAGAGAACACCCUGCAGAAGCUGGUGAAGACCAAGGCUGCCCUGGAGCAUGACCUGUCCAUCAAGGCUAACUCCUUGUUCCUGGAUCAGGAGAAGUGCAUGGGCAUAAGGAAGAGCUUCCCCAGCACUCCACGCCUGGUGGGAUACACCUAAAGCCAUCACAUACAGUGCAUUCGGAAAGUAUUCAGACCCCUUGACUUUUACAGCCUUAUUCUAAAAUGGAUUAAAGGGUUUUUCCCUCAUCAAUCUACACACAAUAUCCCAUAAUGACAAAGCAGAUUUUUAGAUUUUUUUCUAAUUUAUCAAACAUAAAAAUUGAAAUAUCACAUUUACAAAAGUAUUCAGACCCUUUACUUAGUACUUUGUUGAAGUACCUUUGGCAGCGACUACAGCCUUGAAUCUUCUUGGGUAUGACGCUACAAACUUGGCACACCUGUAUUUGGGGAGUUUCUCCUAUUCUUCUCUGCAGAUCAUCUCAAGCUCUGUCAGGUUGGAUGGGGAGUGUUGCUGCACAGCUAUUUUCAGGUCUCUCCAGAGAUGUUAGAUUGGGUUCAAGUCCCUGCUCUUGCUGGGUCACUCAAGAACAUUCAGAGACUUGUCCCGAAGCCACUCCUGCAUUGUCUUGGCUGUGUGCUUAGGGUUGUUGUCCUGUUGGAAAGUGAAUCUUUGCACCAUUCUGAGGUCCUGAGGACUGGAGCAGGUUUUCAUCAAUGCUCUCUCUGUACUUUGCUCGGUUCAUCUUUUCCUCUAUCUUUACUAGUCUCCCAGUCCUUGCCACUGAAAAACAUCCCCACAGCAUGAUGCUGCCACCACCAUACUUCACCGUAGGGACGGCGCCAGGUUUACUUCAGAUGUGACGCUUGACAUUCAGGUCAAAGAGUUCAAACUUGGUUUCACCAGACUAGAGAAUCUUGUUUCUCAUAGUCUGAGAGUACUUUAGGUGGCUUUUGGCAAAUUCCAAGCGGGGUGUGCGUGCCUUUUAAUGAGUAGUGGCUUCCCAUCUGGCCACUCUACCAUAAAGGCACGAUUGUUGCUAAAGAGAUGAUUGUCCUUCUGGAAGGUUCUCCCAUCUCCACAGAGGAACUCUGGAGCGCUGUCAGAGUGACCAUUGAGUUCUUGGUCACCUCCCUGACAAAGGCCCUUCUCCCCUGAUUGCUCAGUUUGGCCAGGCGGCCAACUUUAGGAAGAGUCCUGGUGGUUCCAAACUUCUUCCAUUUAAGAAUGAUGUUGGCCACUGUAUUCUUGGGGACCUUCAAUACUGCAGAAAUGUUUUGGUACCCUUCUGUUUUGGUGCCCUUCCCUAGAACUGUGCCUCGACACAAUCCUGUCUCGGAGCUCCACGGACAUUUCCUUCAACCUUAUGGCUUGGUUUUUGCUCUGACAUGCACUGUCAACUGUGGAACCUUAUAUAGACAGGUGUGUGCCUUUCCAAAUCAUGUCCAAUAAAUUGAAUUUACCACAGGUGGACUCCAAUCAAGUUGUAGAACCAUCUCAAGGAUAAUCAAUGUAAACAGGAUGCACCUGAGCUCAAUGUCGAGUCUCUUAGCAAAUAGUCUGAAUACUUAUGUAAAUAAGGAAUUUCUGAAAACCUGUUUUCACUUUGUCAUUAUGGGGUAUUGUGUGUAGAUUGAUGAGGAAAACAUUGAAUACAUUUUAGAAUUAGGCUGUAACGUAACAAUGUGGAAAAAGGAAAGGGGUCUGAAUACCUCCCGAAUGCACUGUACAUGUAUACCACAGGAGGUUGGUGGUACCUUAAUUUGAGAGGACGGGCUUGUGGUAAUGGCCGGAGCAGAAUGAGUGGAAUGGUAUCAAAUACACCAAACACAUGGUUUCCAUGUUUUGAUGCCAUUCCAUUUGCUCCGUUCCAGACAAUAUUAUGAGCUGUCCUCCCCUCAGCAGCCUCCACUUAUGUAUACCAUAAGAGUGGUGGGCUACACUUGGGCGAUGACGAAGUACUGUAUACACUAACUUAGGCCCAGAAUGUUUCCUGGUGAAGAGCAUUGCACAAGGGAAAACUUCUGGAUCCUAUAGCAAUGAGCACCACAUAGGGAUAGGGAAACGCAUAUCCUUUCCAUGCUAUUGUACCGACCUGACCUGUACUGUUCUGGCUCCGCUUUUCACAUUUUCCUUUCUAGCAUGGUUCCAGCCAAGCCCAUCUGAGCUAUACUGCUCUGGCCUGGUUCUUCCUACGCUGAGGAACCAGGCCAGAGCCGUAACACUCAGAUGGGCUUGGCCAUAGAGAAUGAUAGAGGACUCUAGUGCACAACAGCUUGUUUUAGCAUGAGUACCGCCAUUUAGGACUUUCACCAUUUUGGAGUCGUCAACUGGGUGUGACUUCCUUUAGGUUAAGGAAUUAUUAAAUAAUUUCAUCCAGGUCAUCAGGAGGGAUCAACCAGUGAAUUUUACUUGUGAGUAAACAUUCCAUAACUACAGGUGGCAGUAUAUACCAUUUCAGUUUGUUUGCCAACUCAUAUAAGUAGUAGAAGAAAAAAAUGGACUACUUCCAAAAUGCGCCUCAAUGGCGCUGCCCAUGCUCUAACAUAUGCCAUAAUAGGACAGAUACAAUGAUGUGAUUUCUAUCUAAGUCUAUGGUGGAACAUUAUCAUGACAAUAUAUUAUACAGGUCUGGGACUCAGGUUAGGGGACAGCCCUAUUGGUCUGACAGUCCAUGGAAACCAAACAGUGGUUCUGGGCGAGCAGCAGAUGUGGCAGUAAUCUCCAAACAAACAUACAGGAUUAGCUCCUGUAGCAGAGAGGCUAGAACAAAUAUAUAGGCCUCGGGAGGGUUACUUAGUCAACCCCUGAUCUGUCAGAGUCAAUAACUAGCCUGGAUGAUACCUUUGUGAGCCAUUGACACUCACUGGUGGUGGUUUUACUACUGUUUGAAGGAAGCUCAGGCCCUGGAAAGACACUAAAAGUUCAAGUGAAACUGACACAGGUGGCCAUUUUUUUAUUACUUCCAGGCUGCUUGGUAUACCAUUAUUUUUAAACCAUUCAGUGAGUGAUUGUAUUGUCAACUUAAUUUAGUAUUUGAUUUCCUUUACUGGUGGUAUAUAAAUAAUAUGACACAAUGGUGGAGCUGUGUAUAUAGUACAUCCUCCACCCAUCUUCUCCUUCUCCCUGUAUAGAUUAUACCUAUCCCCCUCUUCUCCCCCUUUCCUUCUCCUCCUCUUUCUGAUGUCUUUAUAGUCCAGCAUUGGGCGGUGAUGGUAAUGGAUUGUUGUAAUAGUUUUCCAGACACAUACGAUAACAUACAGAGAAAAGCACCACCCUGUAGCACUCACUUCUGUCAUCAUGAAGUCCUUUGAGAGGCUAGUUAAGGAUCAUGUCACUUCUACUUUACCUGACACCCUAGACCCACUUCAAUUUGCUUACCGCCCCAAUAGAUCCAAAGACCAUCGUACUGCACACUGACCUAUCCCAUCUGGACAACAGGAAUACCUAUGUAAGAUUGCUGUUCAUUGACUAUAGCUCAGCAUUCAACACCAUAGUACCCUCCAAGUUCAUCACUAAGCUCGGAGCCCUUGGUCUGAACCCCGCCCUGUGCAAUUGGGUCCUGGACUUCCUGAUGGGCCGCCCCCUGGUGGUGAAGGGUGCGUGCUCAGCCCCCUCCUGUACUCCCUGUUCACCCAUAACUGUGUGGCCACGCAUGCCUCCAACUCAAUCAUCACGUUUGCAGACAACACAACAGUAGUAGGCCUGAUUCCCAACAAUGACAGGGAGGAGGGAGGAGGUGAAGGCCCUAGGAGUGUGGUGGCAGAAAAAUAACCUCUCACUUAAUGUCAACAAAACAAAGGAGAUGAUCGUGCACUUCAGGAAACAGCAGAGGGAGCAUGACCCUAUACACAUCGACGGGACCGCAGUGGAGCAGGUGGAAAGCUACAAGUUCCUCGGCGUACACGUCAAUGACAAUCUGAAAUGGUCCACCCACACAGACAGUGUGGGGAAGAAGGCACAACAGCAUCUUUUCAACCUCAGGAGACCGAAGAAAUUUAGCUUGGCACAUAAAACCCUCACAAACUUUUACAGAUGCACAAUUGAGAGCAUCCUAUUGGGCCGUAUCACCGCCUGAUACGGCAACUGCACCGCCCGCAACCGCAGGGCUCUCCAGAGGGUGGUGCGGUCUGCCCAAUGCAUCACCGGGGCAAACUAUCUGCCCUCCAGUACUCCUACAGCACCCAAUGUCACAUGAAGGCCAAAAAGAUCAUCAAGGACAACAACCACCAGAGCCACUGCCUGUUCAAUCCGUGACCAUCCAGAAGGCGAGGUCAGUACAGGUGCAUCAAAGCUGGGACCGAGAGACUGAAAACCCGCUUCUAUCUCAAGGCCAUCAGACUGUUAAACAGCCAUCACUAGUCGGCUUCCGGUUUACGUAACCCUGCACCUAAGAGGCUGCUACCCCAUAUACAUAAACUUGAAAUCACUGGCCACUUUAAUAAUGGAACACUAGUCACUUUAACAAUGUUUACAUAUUUUUGCUUUACUCAUCUCAUAUGUACAGUGGUUCUUCCUUUAAAUGUUUUGAGCUAAUGCAGCGACCGUUUGUGGUAGAUGGUGGCAGAUUGUGGUAAAUUGCAUCAUUCUGGCAACAAUGGCUGACACUUAAAUGACGUGUCAUAGAAUUCUGUGGCACCCCACAAGCUGUGCUGCAGUACGCCUCAACUUUUAAAGGAAGAACCACUGUACAUGCUGUAUUCUAUUCUACUGUAUUUAGUCUAUGCCACUCCGACAUUGCUCAUGCUAAUAUUUACGCAUAUAUUCCUUAAUUCCAUUCUUUUACUUUUAGGUUGUGUGUAUUGUGUGUAUUGUUGUGAAUUGUUAGAUAUGACUGCACUGUUGGAGCUAGAAACACAAGCAUUUCACUACACCCGCAAUAACAUCUGCUAAACAUGUG